CAGGACGAAUUGUGUUUCUUCCGCUGCCUCGUGGCUUUACACCGUGGAUGUCACUCACCCAAUUUAGAACGUGAUACUAAGCGUUAUAACGAACGUUACGUUCACGAUGAUCGUUUUGAAUGUGUAACGUUAGAGGAAUUGCCUGAAUUGAAAAAGUUAUAUGAAACUGCACAUUCACGUUUAUCAAUUGUGCAACUUUGUGACGAGGAAAACGAAAAGAAAGAGUUCGUGGUACAGCUGGUACAGCACUCGCAUCGUACUGCUGUUGCAAGUGUGAUAAACUAUGAAAAAUGCGAAAGCGCUCAACAAACACAAGAAAGUAUAUGA